AGUCGUAUUAUUUAUUUAAAGACAAGAUGACUGAACAGUCAAUUUCUUCUAAAAAUGUUUUAAUUAACGGAAAUUCAAAAUUAAAUUAUAACAACGAAACACUUGAUGCUUCUACAAAACCAAUUAAUGAAAUGACAAGUAAAGACUACUAUUUUGACUCUUAUGCUCAUUUCGGCAUUCAUGAGGUUUUUAAAGUUAUUUUUAAAAUAAUUUUAAAUUUUCAGGAAAUGUUGAAAGAUGAAGUUAGGACAGUCACUUAUCGGAAUGCAAUUUACCACAAUCGUCACUUGUUUAAAGGAAAGGUUGUGAUGGAUGUUGGUUCCGGUACGGGUAUACUUUCGAUGUUUGCUGCUAAGGCUGGAGCUAGGAAAGUUUUUGCGGUGAGUUUAAUUAGUAACUUGAUUCAAAAGCUAGAAUAUAGAAAACCCAGAGCCUUAGAACACAUUUAA